AACAAAUACUAAAUUGCGCCGCAGGUCCACUAUUCUACACCGUCUUCCUCCACAACUCCGUCAACAAUAACUCCAAGCCGCCCCUCCCUCCCAAACUGGUUUCUCUUCCGCAUAAAAUUUGGGAUCUAUAAUCGCAUCCAUGUCCGACGCUGCACGAUUAGUAGCAAUUUCACCUCUUCAAUCACUAAAAUCACCAUAUCUUCCAUCUACUCGUGUUGUAUUUUCAAGUUGCGGAUCGAGAUUCGUUUCAGAUUUAUGUGAUAGUUUGAAGAGACAAGGUAAUGUAGAUGGAGGACGUGUGAAAGCGAUAACUAAUUCGAGUCAACAAGGAUCGAUUCAAGGCCUUGAUACUUCUUCCCCUGUUUCAAUCGAGCUGAAACCUAUCUUAAAUGAAACCCAAUUCGAUCGCAUGAUUGCUGAGGCUGAACAGCUCGAAGAAUCUGUCGUGAUUUUAUGGAUGGCAAAAUGGUGUAGAAAAUGCAUAUACUUGAAACCAAAAUUGGAAAAACUAGCAGCUGAUUAUCACCCAAGAGUAAAAUUUUACUGUAUUGAUGUCAACAAUGUCCCUUAUAAGCUUGUGGUUCGUGCUGGAGUCAUGAAAAUGCCAACAAUACAGCUUUGGAAGGAUAGCAAGAAACAUGGAGAGGUGAUUGGAGGUCACAAAGCGUAUUUGGUUGUUAGUGAGGUUCGUGAUAUGAUAGAGGGCGAGGACGAAUCCUAAUUUUUUUUUCUUGUUUUUUUUUAAUUGUUGUAGACAUGUAGAAUAGAAAGAAGACAAUUUGUUAUUUGUGGUUCUUUAUAUUUGUAUAGGCAUAGUGAAUAAUCAAUAAAAGCGAUUUUUGUCAAAA